AUGUCUGAUAAGGAAAAGACCUCGUUUGAGAUUGACCAACGUGACUUAAAUGUUGCCUCAACAAACAGCACCGAAGCUUCAUUUACUGAACCAGCUCUGUACUAUCCAAAUCAGGGUAAAGUCGACAACAAUAAUGAAGACAAGUCAAGGUCGCGAUCAGGAAGUAUCGCAUCAAUAUCAAAGAAAUCAAUUGAUCAAAUACGGAAAAGUUUACAUGGAGAUCAAUCGUAUGACACCACGGGAGAGGAAGGCAAACAAUAUACAGUACAUCAAAUAUAUGGAGAUUUAAAUAGUGAUGAAAUUGAACUUCAACGUAUUGCCACUAGGAAAAGUGUCUUGAGCGAAAUUGAACACAAGAUAGUUGAUGAAGUGAGUGAUGAAGAAAUAUUGAAUGAAAAGGGGUUAGAUGAUGGGGUAAUUGAAGAUCAAGUAUUACCUGUUACUCAACAUGGUGAGGGCUUUAUCAAAAUUGAUCCUGAACUAAUCACUUGGAAUGGUAUCGAUGAUCCAGAGGAUCCAAGAAAUUGGUCUGCUUCGUUAAAAGUAUUUCUUCUUGCAUUUGUUUCCCUAUAUGCUUUAGUUGCACCAAUGUCAUCCAGUAUAUUAUCACCAGCAAUGAGUGAAAUUAGUGUGGCUUUUGGCAUAACUUCAGAUGUUGUUCAAGCCAUGGUUGUUUCGAUCCAAAUCUUAGCAUGGGCUUUUGGUCCUUUAUUCAUUGCUCCGUUAUCAGAGUAUGACACCAUUGGUAGAAAACUAGUAUUGGAUGUAUCCUGUUGGAUGUCAUUGUUUUUCAACUUGGGUUGUGCAUUUUCGCAAAACACGGCCCAAAUGAUGGUUUGUCGUUUUAUUGGUGGAUUAUUUGGAUGUGUUCCAAUGAAUGUAUGUGCCGGAGUGAUAUCGGACUUGUUUGAUGCAAAUCUGAGAAAUGCGGCAUUGGCCGGUUAUUCCUUAGUUCCAUUGUUGGGACCAGUUAUUGCGCCACUAAUUGCUGGAUUUAUUGUUGAUCACAUGCAAUGGAGAUGGUGUUUCUAUGUCUUGUGUAUGUUCAAUGGUGCUGUUGCAAUUGCCGCCACUUUAUUUUUCAAAGAGACUUAUGUACCAACGUUGUUGAAACGCAAAGCGCAGAGAUUGAGGAAAAGCACGGGCAAUACCAAUUUACACACAAUUUAUGAAAUAACCAAUCAAGGAGAAUCAACAUUGGGAAGAUUGUGGUUGUGUAUUGUUCGCCCAGUCAAUUUACUCUUCACCCAUCCCAUGGUUAUUGGAUUGGGUUCGUUUAUGGCUUUCACCUAUGGGUUCAUGUAUCUUUUAAUUGUGACAUUUCCCCAGAUUUUUGAAAAACAAUACGGGUUUAGUAAAAGUGUUACUGGGUUGAUGUAUCUCCCCAUGGGUUGUGGAUUUGUAUUGGGGGUUAUUUUUUGGACGUUUAUGGUUGGUAAGGUUUACAAAAAAUUGACAAUUGCCAAUGAUGGAGUGGCCAAGCCUGAAUUUAGAUUACCCUGUUUGAUUGCUUGUGCUGUAUUUAUACCAGUGGGAUUAAUAUGGUUUGGCUGGUCGGCACAAAAGGAACUUCAUUGGAUUAUGCCAGGAAUUGGAUCAGCGAUUUUUGCCUUUGGGUUAGUUUGUGUUUUCCAAACCAUUCAAAACUACUUAAUUGAUAUGAAUGUUCGAUUUGCUGCUAGCUCAGUUGCUGCAGCUGCAUUGUUUCGUAGCUUGUUUGGAUAUGCAUUCCCAUUGUUUGCUAGAAAAAUGUACAGUGCGUUGGGGUAUGGAUGGGCAAAUACAAUGUGUGCAUUCAUUGGCAUCUUGUUGGGAAUUCCGUUCCCUAUAUUCUGUUAUUUGUACGGUGAAAAAUUGAGAGAGUCGUUUAAUAGAAAGUUUGAAAUUAAACAACAAAAGAGAGAUCAAAAAAAUUUGGAAAGACUAAGGAGAAAGAAUGGUGAUGAUGGUUGCAUGGUUUGA